GCCCUUUCUUUAUCUCUCCUCUCCCCUUUCCCGCGCAUAAGAUGACGAUAAAGCCAGACGAGUUGUCCCCUCUACAGCGGCGACUGAAGCAUGAACGAUGGACUCCACUGGCCUACGGACAUCUCGCCUGCGCCAUAGUGGCCAGAGUGACAAAGUACACUGGAUUAUACAUCGCAGGAAAGACACCUCCAAAACAGCCAUACAUGAUCGGCGCUGCUGUGGCAAUAUUGUUCCCUGCCAUUGAAUGUCUCAGCAUCCGUCAGUACCGAACGUUCAUGAAGGCAGCUGUCAACUUUACACAUAUCCGAGCUGGCUUGGGAUCAGAAGCAAAAAAGGCGAAAUGGACGACCAAAAUCCAAGGAGAUGGAUGGAAGGGCUACUGGAUUCCAUUCCAGGAUCAAUUGGUCGAUACCAAGAAAACCACUGCAGCAGAAAAGGUGUUCGACCCUAGCAAUAUUCCCCUGGGAACCGGGUGCGACAUGGUGGUCGUUGCUGUCCACGGCGGCGGAUACAUCGAUGGAGGUGCGCUGAUGUUCCUGGAUUACUUCAGAAGGUUGAUGAUGAGUGCGCAGAAGGAUCAAACUCUCAGGAUUGGGAUUCUCUCGAUAGAGUAUGGCCUCUCCCCGGAGAACCCAUACCCGCACGCUAUGAACGAGAUUAUUGCUUCCUAUCGGGAUCUCAUCAAGCUUCACGGUGUCGAGUCCAAGCGAAUUAUUUUUCUUGGGGACUCUGCCGGUGGAAACAUAUGUCUAGGAACAUCUCUCAAACUGCGCGACGCCUUUUCAGAACUCGGCUCCCCUGCAGGUCAAAUUCUGAUCUGCCCAUGGGCUCGCUCAGCUGAUCCCCUGGAGAGCUCUCUCUACGAUGUCGUGAGUGCUAUCGGAUGCGAGAUCUAUACUGAGGCCUAUACCCAGAAUGACCCCGAAACGGCAAUGUGUACCUAUACCUCUCCGUCGAGUGCAUUAUCUUUGACAGGAUUGCCACCAAUGCUGAUAUUCAUCGGGGGCGUUGAGAUCCUACGUCCCUCGAUCGAGCAGUUCGUGGACAGGGCUCGCAACGAGGGUGUCGACGUCAAGAGUGUGCUAGGAGAGGGCCGAUCCCACAAUUAUUUUUUGUUGGAUGACAUCUCCACAAAGCAGGACCGCGAGGAGGCAUUAAGAGAAAUGGGCGAAUUUGUGUUGCGGGCACAUCGCCAGUCUACGCAGGCGACAGAGUAAUAAAACAAGAGGGCUUUCCAUUAGACAAGACAACAAAUCAGGAAUAAUAAAACCUAGACGG